AUGGAAUGCUCAUGCUACAAAAAAUUUCGUUGUGGAAUACCUUACUGUCAUUUACUCUUGAUUUACGAGUUCGUAGGAGAUGAUUUAUUAUAUCUUAUCGUUUCAGCUACAGCAAAAAGAUGGUUGCUUCCAGAAUGUAUUGAACUUUCCAUUGAAGAAAUUAAGGAUAUUUGGAAUGCUCCUGACUUAAAGCGUAACAUAAUUGAGGCAAAUCAAGAUGGCAUCAAGUUAAUAAAAGAUAAUUAG